CCCCCUUUCUCGGGCAGGCCGUACCGCCUACGCGCGCACCCGUGGGAUAUCCAGAUCUCCGACCCGGCGCGCGGCAUCCGCCCCCUCCCCACUCUAAGCGCCAGGCUCGGCCAGGUCCGGGGAAGCUGCCGCGAGGCGGCCGUGCCUGCAGUGUGGGCGGGGGCCGGGGGCCCGAGAGGUUCCGCCGCCACAGCGCUGGGAGCCGCAGUGGUUCCGAGCGGGGCCCAACAUGGCGGAGAGAGAGGUGGAGUCCAGCCCCCGAAAGAGGGUGGUGGUAUCAUGGAUACAGAAAUGUCUGAAGAUAUAGACCACAACUUAACUCCUACCCUUGACAGCAUGUCUUAUGGAAUGCCGAAUCAAACAGGAUCUGAAAAUUCAUUGCUGGAUGAAGAUGAUUAUUUUUUGAACUCUGGGGAUCUUGCAGGAAUUCCAGUCGUUGGUAGUGACAAUGAGGAUGAACAGGAUUUUAGUUCAAAGGACAAUCUUGUUUCUUCAAUUCAUACUGAUGAUAGCUUGGAAGUAGAGAGAAGAGUCACACAGCAUGAAUCAGACAAUGAAAAUGAAAUACAGAUUCAAAAUAAAUUAAAAAAAGACUUUCCUAAGCAAUUUGAUCAGGUUUCUGUCUUUAAAUCAAUACGGAAAGAUUUUAGUCUAGUAAGAGAAAACAGCAAAGAGACUUUUUCUGGAAAGGAGAAAAAUAGAGACCUAACUUAUCUUGAACGUGAAAAACGGUUGGAUAAACCCCAUAAAGAGUUGGAUUCAAGGUUGAAAAGCAGUUUUUUUGAUAAAGCAGCUAAUCAAGUUGAAGAAACAUUACAUACCCAUUUACCACAAACCCCAGAAACAAACUUUAGGGAUUCCAGCUAUCCAUUUGCCAAUAAAGAAUCCAUUGGUUCGGAACUGGGGAAUUCCUUUGCAUCAAAUAUUAGAAUUAAAGAAGAACCUUUGGAUGAUGAGUAUGACAAAGCAAUGGCACCACAGCAGGGACUACUAGACAAAAUUAAAGAUGAACCUGACAAUGCUCAAGAGUAUAGUCAUGGCCAACAGCAAAAAACUCAAGAAGGGGAACUGAAAAUUAGUGCUGUGUUUUCAGUCAGUGGCAGUCCUCUUGCUCCACAGUUGACUACUGGCUUUCAGCCUUCACUGGCAUCAUCUGGCAUGAAUAAAAUGCUUCCUUCAGUUCCAGCCACAGCUGUUCGAGUUUCCUGUUCUGGUUGUAAAAAAAUCCUCCAGAAGGGGCAAACUGCUUAUCAGAGGAAAGGGUCUACUCAGCUAUUCUGCUCUACACUGUGCCUCACUGGAUAUACAGUUCCACCUGCCCGCCCACCGCCUCCUCCCACUAAGAAAACUUGUUCAAGUUGCUCAAAAGACAUUUUAAAUCCAAAGGAUGUGAUCAGUGCCCAGUUUGAAAAUACCACCACUAGUAAAGAUUUUUGUAGUCAGUCAUGUUUGUCAACAUACGAACUGAAAAGAAAACCUGUUGUUACCAUAAAUACGAAUAGCAUUUCAACCAAAUGCAGCAUGUGUCAGAAGAAUGCUGUUAUUCGACAUGAAGUUAAUUACCAGAAUGUGGUACAUAAACUUUGCAGUGAUGCCUGCUUUUCUAAGUUUCGCUCUGCUAACAACCUCACCAUGAACUGUUGUGAAAACUGUGGGGGUUACUGCUACAGUGGCUCUGGACAAUGCCACAUGCUCCAGAUAGAGGGACAGGCUAAGAAGUUUUGUAGUUCCACGUGUGUCACAGCAUAUAAGCAGAAAUCAGCCAAAAUUACACCAUGUGCGCUUUGCAAAUCAUUGAGAUCCUCAGCAGAAAUGAUUGAAAAUACCAAUAGCUUGGGAAAGACAGAGCUUUUCUGUUCUGUUAAUUGCUUAUCUGCUUACAGAGUUAAAAUGGUUACUUCUGCAGGUGUACAAGUUCAGUGUAACAGUUGUAAAACCUCAGCAAUCCCUCAGUAUCACCUAGCCAUGUCAGAUGGAAGUAUUCGCAACUUCUGCAGCUACAGUUGUGUGGUAGCUUUCCAGAAUUUGUUCAACAAACCAGCAGGAAUGAAUUCUUCAGUGGUGCCCUUGUCUCAGGGCCAAGUAAUUGUAAGCAUCCCUACAGGUUCAACAGUGUCAGCAGGAGGCAGUAACACCUCUGCUGUUUCUCCCACCUCCAUCAGUAGCUCUGCUGCAGCUGGUCUCCAGCGUCUUGCUGCCCAAUCCCAACAUGUUGGGUUUGCACGAAGUGUUGUAAAACUCAAGUGUCAGCACUGUAACCGUCUCUUUGCCACAAAACCAGAACUUCUCGAUUAUAAGGGUAAAAUGUUUCAGUUCUGUGGCAAAAAUUGUUCUGAUGAAUAUAAGAAAAUAAAUAAUGUAAUGGCAAUGUGUGAAUAUUGUAAAAUUGAGAAAAUUGUAAAGGAGACUGUGCGAUUCUCAGGUGCUGACAAGUCAUUCUGUAGUGAAGGUUGCAAAUUGCUUUAUAAACAUGACUUGGCAAAACGCUGGGGAAAUCACUGUAAAAUGUGCAGUUAUUGUUUACAGACAUCUCCCAAAUUGGUACAGAAUAAUUUAGGGGGGAAAGUAGAAGAGUUUUGUUGUGAAGAGUGCAUGUCCAAAUAUACAGUUCUGUUCUAUCAGAUGGCCAAAUGUGAUGGUUGUAAGCGACAGGGUAAGCUCAGUGAGUCCUUGAAAUGGCGGGGAGAAAUGAAACAUUUCUGUAACCUGCUUUGUAUCUUGAUGUUCUGUAAUCAGCAAAGUAUGUGUGACCCACCUUCACAAAAUAAUGCAGCAAGUAUUUCCAUGGUGCCAGCUGCUUCAGCAGGGCCCCCAUCUCAAAGGAAAGAUUCAACUCCAGUUAUAGCUAAUGUAGUAUCAUUAGCAAGUGCUCCUGCUGCUCAGCCCACAGUGAAUUCUAACAGUGUCUUACAAGGUGCAGUUCCAACAGUAACAGCGAAAAUCAUUGGGGAUGCAAGUACACAAACAGAUGCCCUCAAACUGCCACCUUCCCAGCCUCCAAGACUUUUGAAGAAUAAAGCUUUAUUGUGCAAACCCAUCACGCAGACCAAGGCCACUUCUUGCAAACCACAUACCCAAAACAAAGAAUGCCAGACAGAAGACACUCCAACUCAGCCCCAAGUUAUUGUGGUGCCAGUGCCAGUACCAGUGUUCGUACCUAUACCUCUUCAUCUUUAUACUCAGUAUGCCCCAGUCCCAUUUGGAAUUCCAGUUCCAAUGCCUGUCCCUAUGCUUAUUCCAUCCUCAAUGGAUAAUGAAGAUAAAGUCACCGAGAGUAUUGAAGACAUUAAGGAAAAACUUCCCUCACAUCCUUUUGAAGCUGAUCUCCUUGAGAUGGCAGAAAUGAUUGCAGAAGAUGAAGAGAAGGAGAAGACUCUAUCUCAGGGAGGAUCCCAAACUUCUGAACAGGAGCUCUUUCUAGACACCAAGAUAUUUGAAAAAGACCAAGGAAGUACUUACAGUGGUGAUCUUGAAUCAGAGGCAGUAUCUACUCCACAUAGCUGGGAGGAAGAAUUAAAUCAUUAUGCCUUAAAGUCAAAUACUGUGCAAGAGGCUGAUUUAGAAGUGAAGCAGUUCUCAAAAGGGGAAACUGAACAGGAUCUGGAAGCAGAUUUUCCAUCAGAAUCCUUUGACCCACUGAAUAAAGGACAGGGAAUUCAGGCACGUUCCCGAACAAGAAGACGACACAGAGAUGGCUUCCCCCAGCCCAGACGAAGAGGACGGAAGAAGUCUAUAGUGUCUGUGGAGCCCAGGAGUCUUAUUCAAGGAGCCUUUCAAGGGUGCUCAGUGUCUGGGAUGACGCUGAAAUACAUGUAUGGGGUAAAUGCCUGGAAGAACUGGGUUCAGUGGAAAAAUGCCAAGGAAGAGCAGGGGGAUCUGAAAUGUGGAGUUGAACAUGCCUCAUCUAGCCCAUGUUCUGACCCUUUAGGAAGUGCUCAAGACCAUGCACUCUCUCAAGAAUCUUCGGAGCCAGGCUGUAGAGUCCGCUCCAUCAAGCUGAAGGAAGAUAUUCUGUCCUGCACUUUUGCUGAGUUGAGUUUAGGCUUAUGCCAGUUUAUUCAAGAAGUGCGGAGACCAAAUGGUGAAAAGUAUGAUCCAGACAGUAUCUUAUACUUGUGCCUUGGAAUUCAGCAGUACCUGUUUGAAAAUGGUAGAAUAGAUAACAUUUUUACUGAGCCCUAUUCCAGAUUUAUGAUUGAACUUACCAAACUCUUGAAAAUAUGGGAACCUACAAUACUUCCUAAUGGUUACAUGUUCUCUCGCAUUGAAGAAGAGCAUUUGUGGGAGUGCAAACAGCUGGGCGCUUACUCACCAAUCGUCCUCUUGAACACCCUCCUUUUCUUCAAUACCAAAUACUUUCAACUAAAGAAUGUUACUGAGCACUUGAAGCUUUCCUUUGCCCAUGUGAUGAGACGGACCAGGACUCUGAAGUACAGUACCAAGAUGACAUAUCUGAGGUUCUUCCCACCUUCACAAAAGCAGGAGACAGAACCAGAUAAACUAACUGUUGGCAAGAGGAAACGAAGCGAAGAUGAUGAGGUUCCAGUAGGUGUGGAGAUGGCAGAAAAUACUGACAACCCUCUAAGAUGCCCAGUCCGACUUUAUGAGUUUUACCUGUCCAAAUGUUCUGAAAGUGUGAAGCAGAGGAAUGAUGUGUUUUACCUUCAACCUGAGCGCUCCUGUGUUCCAAAUAGCCCCAUGUGGUACUCCACGUUUCCAGUAGACCCUGGGACCCUGGACACCAUGUUAACACGUAUUCUCAUGGUGAGGGAGGUACAUGAAGAACUUGCCAAAGCCAAAUCAGAAGACUCUGAUGUUGAAUUAUCAGAUUAAAGUGGAAGUGGGGUUCCUAUUUUCAUACACGUUGGUAUGCACCAAACUGUGAAUGCAUCCAGCUUUGGAAAAUGAUCUAUAAGUCCAAGUCCUCUUGACUUGAUUAUAAGAUAAUGGAAAACAGACGACUCGUGAACCACAGUGUGGAUGUACAAAUGAAAACUGAAGGAAAGAAUAUGAACAGAGAAAUGUUGUUCUUUGGCAGUGAUAUAGUUCUUAGACAUCUUCAGAAUGACUAACCAAUUUCUCUGAGUGGUGCAUAAUCUUAUUUUGUUUGGGAAUAACAAAUUGUGGAAUAUUUUUAAGGAAAAUUGUUGUAUAAAACUCUACCAUAGUAACCUUAGACCUUAGAGAGGUAGCUUUGGAGUGAAACCUUGGCUGCAGUAGGCUACUUGGGCAAGCCCUAUGUAAAAGUCAGGGGAGAUAUCAGUACAGAGCUAAGAGUGGCAUCAGAUGAGGACUGUGGGACCCAGACUUGAAGACCCAAUAAAAAUACUCAACUUUUUUUAAAAGG